AGGUAUUCCUGCAUUCAUAAAAGAACUGCAGGAACGUAUACUCGAGUUUUUGCCGUUUUCUCUGAAGAAAACAAUAAAAAACCAAAAUGCGUCAAACUCGCACAAAGCGCCAGCAGAUCCCCCCGCCUCCAUCCACCAGGAUGAGUUUGAGGAGCUUCCGUAACGUACCUCUCGUACCCAUGGAGACAUCAUCUUCAUCCUCAGAUGACAGUUGUGACAGUUUCGGUUCUGAUGGCGGCUUUGCAGUUACGAAAAAUAACUUCAGGAAAGCAAAGCGUGUGGCAGAGAGAGCCAAGGUGUUUGAGGCCAGCUCAGAGGAAGAAUCACUCAGUGGGUUUGAGGAGAGCACAUUUAACAAAGAAAUGAGUCACAUGAAUGUGGGCUCUGACAGUGAGGAGUCUGUCGUGCCCCAGAAGAGGCACCGUCGGUCCCAGACCCUGAAGGUCGCAAUGAAGUUCCCAACAAGGAGAGCCAGCCAGAAGACCACUGCUGAAGAACCUCCUAAACAGACCAAAGUCUCCACCAAAGAAACCAAAAAAGAGGCAGACUCUGAUGCUGACAACUUCUUGGACAAGCGAGCGCUUAACAUCAGGGAGAACAAAGCAAUGCUUGCAAAGCUGAUGGCAGAACUCAACAAAAUACCUGGCUUCUCAAGAACAACUUCCCUGCCCAUGAUGAACUCGCCCCGUCGUGCCCCACGCAAGUCUCUGGGAACCCCAGGACACCAAAGGAGGAACCCCGAGCGUACCACUCGACCCCACACUCGGUCCCGUACCAUGGUGGAUGGACCCCCCAGCCCCCCUCCAGACACAGAUGAGGAUGAUAAGUUCAGCCUGGUGCGCCGGAGCCGCUACUAUGAGGAAGUCGAUGAGGCGAAGGAGCCUCGGCGGCGGAGCUACAACGGGGUGCUGGCCAUUCCUCACGUGGUCCGGCCUGUGGAGGAAAUCACCCAGGUAGAGCUGGAUCUGAUUGCCAGCAACGUGCGGGAGAAGGUCUACAACCGCUCCACGGGAUCUACUUGCCAUCAGUGCCGGCAGAAGACGAUUGACACCAAGACCAACUGUCGUAACCCGGAGUGCGUAGGAGUGCGGGGUCAGUUUUGUGGCCCGUGUCUCCGUAACCGCUACGGAGAGGAGGUCCGAGAUGCCCUGCUGGAUCCUGAGUGGCAGUGCCCACCAUGCAGAGGGAUCUGCAACUGCAGCUUCUGUAGAGCACGGGAGGGUCGUUGCGCUACCGGAGUUCUGGUGUACCUGGCGAAAUACCACGGCUAUGACAACGUCCACGCCUAUCUCAAGAGCCUCAAGAAGGAAAUGGAAGAGAGCCAUUAAACCAUUGAGGGUGUAUUCUGAUCCCAGACCUGACUGCCGAGGUUCUCAUUUCAAAGGGCUUUUAUAUUCUAUAAAACAGAACUGUUCUUUGUUCCGUUACAAUUUUUGCAUUGUUUUAAAUGUAUAAAGUUAUCCAAUGAAUAGGCAUAAUUAAGGGUCUAUAUGGUUUAUACUGCUGAUGAAUUUUAAAAAAAGCCUAAACGGUUAUGAUUGCUUGUGAUAUUCUCACUUUUUAACUUGUAAAUUCUGAAUACAAAAAUGAAAUCUGUUUGUUUA